AUGUCUACAAUGUGGCUCGCUGCCGCGACGCUCUUGUCGAUGGUAUCAGCACAGCAAGACUCCUUGAAAGUGGGCAAGUUCUUCAACCCGCCAAAUGCCGACGCAGAGCCCACCACCGACUUCUCGAGCAACCCAGUCUGGACCAUUGGCGAUACUCAGUCGAUCAAAUACACGACCGUUUAUCAGAACUACACUAUCGCCCUAUGGCAACAGAACAUCGGACAAGGAUCUGCGACCCUGGGUCCGGUCAUCUUUCAAACGAUCAAUGGCGCCGUAACGCAGUUCGACUGGUCCGUACAGCUGUUCCAAUUCGACCUGGCCCCCUCCAAUGUAUUCUACCUCCUGCUGAGCACAACCAGCGGUCCCGAGGGCGCGCUGGCCGUCAGCUCGCACUAUUUCAACAUCACUCAGGAGAGCCCUGUGUCCAGCAGCAUGAGUGCCACGGCCACGACCUCGUCGGUGGUGGGGGCUUCAACAUCCCCGACUGUGUCGCCUACGACAAUAACAUCGAUCUCUGCGACUGCCAGCAGCAUGCCAGUGGGGAUGCCGGGCGCGUCCAGCGGGCUGGGCGGGGGUGCCAAGGCAGGUAUAGGUGUUGGCGCCGCUCUGGGAGCACUCGCUAUCAUUGCUGCCGCAGUCUUCUUGUUCCGACGCUCGCGGGCGAAGCGGAAAGGAGUGGAGGCGGUGCCAGGCGGUGGUGAGAACAGUCGCACCGACGGACAUGGCAGAGAGCUAGUGGCGGACAAAGCGUAUGGGACCGAGUCAAAUGGUUAUGGACCUUCUGAGUUGAUGGACGGGUCACGUAUGCCAGCCGAAUUCGAGGUUCACGAGGCUGCCGGCUCUGAGGGGUGGAAUAUGAACCAUGGCCAUCAUCACCGCCAAGCUGGACAUGUUGCGGAGCUGUCAUCGUGA